AUGGAUGAUUCUUCGAACAAUAAUGAUGUCAAUGAGGCUAGACCUCUAGAAAAUCUUUUUGAGCGAUUGGGAUCAGACCACGAAUUCAAGAACUCCAUUAAGCAAGAGCUACAAAAUGUGCAAAACUCAAUCCUGCCAAUGCGGCUGCAUUUCAAUGAGCUGCUCAAUGCUAUGGCGAGCAUAGAUGCGAAACAAGAAUCUUCCGCUUUAGAAAGAUUUACCUACGUCAGAACCAAGCUUCUGGAGUUUAUGAAAGACGUCGAUACGUUGUCCUCAGACUAUGUUCGCCUUCAGCCGUUAUUUGAUGGGUUGCAACAGGCCUCCAAAGAUGACAAUAUAAGUGUUAAGUUUUCGCCACUAGAAAGGCUUUCAAAUAUAAAUGAUGCCGCCCUUGCGACCGCUGGACGGCCUCAGAGCGGUAAACGCUCGAACGUCAACUCGCCCUCUGCACUUGCCGCAGCAAGUACGACGAAGAGUGCAGUCUCAAGUGGGAAUACCCCUUCGAGUAAUCUACCGACACCGUCCACCACGGCAUCCGCGGCUGCCAAAAAGCCAAGAAAGCCGCGUACCAAAAAAAACUCGGGACCCUCUCCAUCCUCGAUGCCUUCACAGCCUCAGCCGCCUUCACAGGCUCUGCAACAAGCAAUACACCAGCAACAACCGGCUCAAUCCAUGCAGCAUCAGAAACAGUUUACACCUUCUACAAACCCAUCCCAACUGCUCUCCGGUAUGUCUCCCAUGAACAUAAUGAGCAGUCCACUGAAUACUAUGUCCCCAGUUAACGGUAGUAACAUGAGCUUUCCCCCGGGCGGUAAACCGUCGAACAUGCACUCUGUCCAGCGUCACGUUCAACCCAGUCAACCGUCGUUUAAUUCUAACAGCAUAACACCCGCCAACAUCCUAAGCAUGUCGAUGUCGGACCAGAGCAAUCCUGCGGCAGCCUAUACACAGAUGAAUCCCCAAGGCAGCGUCAACCAAGACUUAGGAUCGCUUGAUCUCAACAACAUUGACCUUUCGAACCUCAACAUGGACUUCCUACAGUAG